AAAGUUUUAGAGACUGAUUUGGAUUUCACUAUCAACUUUUUGUUACUUUUUCAGCAAGGUUCAGGUGUGAAGCAGUGAGUCAUUCAUAUCAAACACCUGUAUAAAUAAGGGUAAACCUCACUACCUACCUGACAAGACCCCAAUUCAUCUGCAUACUUUCAACUGGAAUCAUUUGAUGUGGAAAAAACAAUGAUUUCGAUUGCCAAAACCUGCCUCAGAGGGAUCUACAGUUGUCAUUGGAACAGUGAUAAUAAGAGACAAAAUAGGCCAUGCUGCUGGUUCUCUUUUCUGUCUUUUGUGUCCAUACUUGCCCUGAGUUGGAUGUACGUUUGCUUUAUUGCCUUCAACGACCGCACCGAUGUAAACGACCGUGCCUUUGAAAAAUUGAAAACAUGGGUGAACUGGUACAUGAUAGUGAUGAUCAUUUCUGCUGUGCUAGCCGCUUACUGUCUACUUCUACUGGUAUUUGGAUUGCUACAUUUUGUAAUUGGAGAGCCCUUGAAUUUGCACUGGCUGCAUAAGGUGUUUCUGUUUUUGGGUCUCAUCACUGUUACAAUUGGCACAGCUGGAGUUUGUAUAAAGUGGGAAAAAGAGUGGAAAACUGUCUAUAUGUCAUUUCAGGCCACGGCUCCUUUCCUGCAUCUGUGUGCUGUAGUGGCUUUGACCUUGAUCAGCUGGCUCGUGUUUAAGAGUUUUCAUAAAGCUCAAACAGCUGCUGGUAAGGUUUUUAUAAUGAUGACCUUCAUGUUCGUGUCCGCUGCUGUGUUCCUGUGUCCUCUUGCAAUCUGCUCUCCGUGCAUUACCAAUAAUCUUCCCCCAAAACCCUCCCUCGUCGGUCAUCGUGGCGCUCCAAUGCUGGCUCCAGAGAAUACCAUGAUGUCAUUCAGGAAGAGUUUGGAGUGUGGCGUGGUGGCUUUUGAAACGGAUGUGCAACUCAGCAAGGACAUGAAGCCUUUUCUUAUGCAUGACCACAAUACAAGCUUUCUGCUGCGAACAACUGAUGUGAAGAAGAAAUUUCCAGGUCGAGAUGGCGACACGCAUACUAACUUCACAUUGGAAGAGUUACAGACGUUAAAUGCAGGCGAAUGGUUUUUAAGAACAGAUCCACUUCAGUCAGUUUCCUCGCUCUCAGAGGAAGAGAAGAGAGAGGCUGACAACCAGACAGUACCAUCUUUUUUUGAGCUCUUGCUCAUGGCCAAAAAGCAUAAUGUCUCCCUCAUAUUUGACCUAAAAAAUGAGAAGAACUCAACAGGAUUCCACAACAGCGACUCCUACUACACCACUGACACUAUCAAAAAGUCAGGCAUCUCACCAGACAAGAUAUGGUGGCUUCCCCAAGAAUAUAGACACAAUGUGAGAAAUAUCUCACCAGGGUUCAAGCAGGUAUAUAAUGUGGUAAACGAAAUGGAUGCGGAUGGUGGAAGCUUCCUGAAUAUGAAAUAUAGUUCACUGAGCGCUCAUGAAAUAAGUGAGCUGCGGGGAAAAAAUGUGUCCGUGAAUCUGUGGGUUGUGAAUGAGCGCUGGCUCUUCUCAUUACUGUGGUGCUCUGGAGCCAGUUCAGUGACCACCAAUGCCUGCCACAUCUUCAAAAACAUGUCUAAGCCUGACUGGCAUCUGGAGCCUAAAACGUACAUGGGAAUAUGGAUCUCGGCUGAUGUGAUAUCAUUGCUGUUGAUGUUUGGGCUGUUUCUUUGGCAAAGGAAAAGGGACCGUGUUUCUCGUCGAAAUAGAAAAGAACAGAGAGGAGUCGCCCUGCUUCAACACUGAAAGAUGCAUCAUAUCAUGAAAGGGCAUUUCCUCGUUUCACUUUUUGAAGGAUUGUAUAUGGUCAUCAAAAAUAAAAUCAUGUCAUAUUAAAUGUUUAAUGCAGGAAAUUCACAUAAUAUUUGUAAUUUUAUUUAGUUUGCAUAUACAAUGUAUUGAUUAGGUGGAAUGAGAUUUGAUAUAAUUUCCUCAUUAGGGCAGCAAAUUGUGCAAUGCUGCCACCCAUUGACAAAUGUAUGUUAUUUCAGCCCUUUGU